CCUAUCUCCUUCCUUCUCUCCCCCCUCUCACUCUGCUCUUCUCAAACUCAUAUUCCAAAAUGAGAAGAGCUGCGGUGGUCUGUAUAUAAUCUUCUCAUCAUUUUCUGAAUAAUUUUCACUUCAUUCUGUUUCUUUCUAGUGUUUAUUUCCUGAAAUUUCUUAUCUCAUUGUACAUCAAGAAACAGAGCAAUCAAUCCAACAAUGGCUUCUUCUCUGGCAUCUUCACCGUUUUCAGUAAAUAAUGCCAAAACAGACCACCAUUUCUCAAUAUCUUCAAAGCCUUACUUCCUGCACACCUUUCUCCCCAAUUUCCAAACCCAAACCAGAUCGUCCAAGAAACUCCGGUGUGUUGCGGCAGCACUGGGGAACGGGCUGUUCACGCAGACCACCCAGGAGGCACGGAGAAUCGUGCCGGAAAAUGCGCAGGGCCUCCCCACGGUGAAAGUAGUGUACGUUGUCCUAGAAGCGCAAUACCAGUCGUCCCUCACGGCCGCGGUUCGGACCCUGAAUUCGACUGUGGAUUUCGCCUCGUACGAGGUUGUGGGGUACUUGGUGGAGGAGCUCAGGGACGGGGACAACUACAAAUCCUUCUGCAGGGAUCUGGAGGACGCGAACGUGUUUAUAGGGUCUUUGAUUUUCGUGGAGGAGCUGGCGCUGAAGGUGAAGGCGGCGGUGGAGAAGGAGAGGGAGAGGCUGGACGCGGUGUUGGUGUUCCCGUCGAUGCCGGAAUGUAUGAGGCUAAACAAAUUGGGGUCUUUCACAAUGUCUCAGCUCGGCCAGUCGAGGAGCCCCUUCUUCCAGCUCUUCAAGAGGAAGAAGCCAUCCUCCGCUGGUUUCGCGGAUCAGAUGCUGAAACUUGUGAGGACCCUCCCCAAAGUUCUCAAGUAUUUACCCAGCGACAAGGCUCAGGAUGCCAGAAUGUACAUCCUGAGCCUCCAGUUCUGGCUCGGCGGGUCUCCCGAUAACUUGGUCAACUUCUUGAAGAUGAUCUCCGGGUCCUACAUUCCCGCCCUGAGAGGGGCUAGAAUCGCGUAUUCGGACCCGGUUCUCUACUUGGACAGCGGGAUUUGGCACCCCUUGGCUCCGUGUAUGUAUGAUGAUGUGAAGGAGUAUUUGAACUGGUACGGAACGAGACGGGACACUAACGAGAAGCUGAAGAGUGAUGAUGCGCCAGUGAUAGGUUUGGUUCUGCAGAAGAGCCACAUAGUGACCGGGGACGAGAGUCAUUACGUGGGUGUGAUCAUGGAGCUGGAGGCGAGAGGGGCGAAAGUGAUACCCAUAUUUGCCGGAGGUCUGGACUUCUCUGGCCCGGUGGAGAGGUUCUUGAUUGACCCCUUGAGCAAGAAGCCGUUUGUGCACUCGGUGGUGUCGCUCACAGGUUUCGCCCUUGUGGGUGGGCCCGCGAGGCAGGACCACCCGAGGGCAGUCGAGGCAUUGAGGAAGCUCGACGUGCCGUAUAUAGUGGCCUUGCCUUUGGUGUUUCAGACCACCGAGGAGUGGCUCAACAGCACGCUGGGGCUGCACCCUAUUCAGGUUGCCCUGCAGGUUGCUCUCCCGGAGCUAGACGGCGGCAUGGAACCCAUUGUCUUCUCCGGUCGGGAUCCCAAGACAGGGAAAUCGCAUGCUCUGCACAAGAGAGUGGAGCAGCUUUGCACUAGGGCGAUCAGAUGGGCAGACUUGAAAAGAAAAUCAAAGACGGAGAAGAAGGUGGCAAUCACGGUGUUCAGUUUCCCACCAGACAAGGGGAAUGUGGGAACAGCUGCGUAUUUGAAUGUCUUUGCGUCCAUAUACUCCGUUCUCAAAGACCUCAAGGAAGAUGGUUACAAGGUGGAGGGCCUGCCCGAGACUUCGGAGGCCUUAAUCGAGGACAUAAUUCACGACAAAGAAGCUCAAUUCAACAGCCCCAAUCUCAACGUAGCUUACAAGAUGAGCGUGAGGGAGUACCAAAAGCUGACCCCCUACGCCACCGCUCUCGAAGAGAACUGGGGAAAGCCCCCUGGCAAUUUGAACUCCGAUGGGGAGAGCCUUUUGGUUUACGGAAAGCAGUACGGGAAUGUGUUCAUUGGCGUUCAGCCCACGUUCGGUUACGAGGGUGAUCCCAUGAGGCUUCUCUUUUCCAAGUCGGCUAGCCCUCACCACGGGUUUGCCGCCUACUAUUCCUUUGUGGAGAAGAUUUUCGGAGCCGAUGCAGUCCUUCACUUCGGCACUCAUGGCUCCCUUGAGUUCAUGCCAGGGAAGCAGGUGGGGAUGAGUGAUGCCUGCUUCCCUGACAGUCUCAUUGGCAACAUCCCAAACGUGUAUUACUACGCGGCCAACAACCCGUCAGAGGCCACUAUUGCCAAACGGAGGAGCUAUGCCAACACGAUCAGCUACUUAACCCCGCCGGCUGAGAAUGCCGGCCUGUACAAGGGACUCAAACAGCUCGGUGAGCUCAUCUCGUCCUACCAGUCCCUCAAAGACACUGGACGUGGCCCGCAGAUCGUCAACUCUAUCAUCAGCACUGCCAGACAGUGCAAUCUAGACAAGGACGUGGAUCUACCCGAGGAAGGAAGGGGAGAUGUGCUCUCCUCCAAGCAAAGGGACCUCGUCGUCGGGAAGGUCUACUCCAAGAUCAUGGAGAUCGAAUCCCGUCUCUUGCCAUGUGGGCUUCACGUCAUCGGAGAACCGCCUUCGGCCAUGGAGGCGGUAGCCACACUCGUCAACAUUGCGGCGCUCGACCGCCCCGAAGACGGGAUCUCCUCCCUCCCGUCCAUUCUCGCCGAGACGGUCGGGAGGGAGAUUGAAGACGUGUACAGAGGUAACGACAAUGGCAUCUUGCGCGAUGUAGAGCUUCUUCGCCUGAUCACCCAGGCAUGCCGGGGAUCCAUCACCGCUUUUGUGGAACGCACCACCAACAACAAGGGUCAGGUUGUCGACGUUGCCAACAAGCUGACGUCGAUCCUCGGGUUCGGGCUGAACGAACCGUGGGUCCAGUAUUUGUCAGACACCAAGUUCUACAGAGCAGACAGGGAGAAACUGAGAGUGCUCUUCCAGUAUUUGGGAGAAUGCUUGAAGCUUGUGGUUGCAGAUAACGAGUUGGGUAGCUUGAAACAAGCUCUGGAGGGCAAGUAUGUCGAACCAGGUCCGGGAGGGGACCCAAUCCGAAAUCCAAAAGUUCUGCCCACGGGUAAGAACAUCCACGCCUUGGACCCGCAGGCCAUUCCCACGGCAGCCGCAAUGCAGAGUGCAAAAGUUGUCGUUGAGAGGUUGCUCGAGAGGCAGAGAAGUGACAAUGGAGGGAAAUACCCGGAGACGGUUGCAUUAGUUCUGUGGGGAACGGAUAACAUAAAGACGUACGGGGAGUCGCUGGCUCAGGUGAUGUGGAUGAUCGGAGUGAUGCCCGUCGCAGAUUCUCUCGGGCGAGUCAACCGGGUGGAGCCCGUGAGUCUGGAAGAGCUGGGGAGGCCGAGAAUCGACGUGGUUGUGAAUUGUUCGGGAGUAUUCAGGGAUCUGUUCAUCAACCAGAUGAAUCUGCUUGAUCGGGCGGUGAAAAUGGUGGCCGAGUUGGAGGAACCUGAAGACCAAAACUACCUGAGAAAGCACGCGGUGGAACAAGCAAAGGAACUGGGAGUUGAGGUUCGGGAAGCCGCUUCAAGGAUCUUCUCCAAUGCCUCCGGCUCUUACUCUUCCAAUAUAAACCUGGCUGUUGAGAACUCGUCUUGGAACGACGAGAAACAGCUUCAGGACAUGUACUUGAGUCGAAAGUCCUUUGCGUUCGACUGUGACGCUCCAGGGGCAGGCAUGACUGAGAAACGCAAGGUCUUUGAGAUGGCUCUCAGCACGGCUGAGGCCACCUUCCAGAACCUCGACUCCUCCGAGAUCUCCCUCACUGAUGUCUCCCAUUACUUUGAUUCCGACCCCACUAACCUCGUCCAGAAUCUCAGGAAGGAUGGGAAGAAGCCCAAUGCAUACAUUGCUGACACAACCACAGCCAAUGCACAGGUACGAACGCUUUCAGAGACGGUGAGGCUGGACGCGAGGACAAAGCUGUUGAACCCAAAGUGGUACGAAGGGAUGCUAUCCACGGGGUACGAAGGGGUUCGGGAGAUAGAGAAGCGGUUGACAAACACGGUGGGAUGGAGUGCGACUUCAGGCCAAGUGGACAACUGGGUGUAUGAGGAGGCGAACACGACGUUCAUUCAGGACGAGGAGAUGUUAAACAGGCUUAUGAACACAAACCCCAAUUCGUUCAGGAAGAUGUUGCAGACUUUCUUGGAGGCCAACGGGCGCGGUUACUGGGAGACUUCUGCCGAAAAUAUCGAGAAGCUCAGGCAGCUUUACUCUGAAGUUGAAGACAAGAUUGAGGGUAUUGACAGGUAAAUUUAAACGUGUGUACAAACCAAAACACGAAAUGUUUUAUGGUUAUAGACCAAUUAGUUGUUCUUCUCUGUGUGGAGCUAAAAUGCUUAUGUUAAUCAAAACAUUAUUAAGGUUGUAGUUUGAAAUGGCCAUUUGUUGUAUAAUAUAUAUGUACAAUUGUACACAGACCUUAAUUCUACAAGUGUUAUUCAUUGAGUAGAGUGGCAUUUCCCAAUUU